AACGGUCAUCAUGCAUUGGUCUGUUUGCAAUCCAAAGUUUAGUUAGCCUUAGUAUUACGACAGCUCGAGUCGCAGACAGACAGGCAAUCGCCAGUGGUCGAGACAUAAAGCUCUCGCAGACUUACGCUAGCUAAGCGCGCAGUGAACUUAAGUUCAGGCCUUACCGAUCCCAGUGGUGUGUUUUUUGGAAGCUAUGGCCGUUGCUGCUGCUCAGAAGAACCGCGAAAUGUUUGCCAUCAAGAAAUCCUACAGCAUCGAGAACGGCUACCCAUCCCGCCGUCGUUCACUCGUAGAUGACGCUCGCUUCGAAACAUUGGUUGUCAAACAGAACAAACAAAGCGUGCUAGAAGAGGCUCGCGCCCGUGCCAAUGACUCUGGCUUGGACUCCGAAUUUCUCCAAGAUGGAGUUCAUAUUGGUAACGAGGACAACUCACCAACUGUCGAAGAUGGAACCUAUCAAGAUGAAACUAAAAACGGCCAGCUUGCUGAUGCUGACAUUGGCGAUGCUGCGAAGACUAAUGAAGAUUACACGCUAACUGAGGAGGAGGUGAUUUUGCAAAAUGCAGCCAGUGAAUCUCCUGAAGCAGAACAGGCUAUUCAACAAGCUGCUUUUUUGUUACGUAUGAGAGAUGGCAUGGGUUCGCUUGCAAGAAUCCUAAAAACCAUCGACAACUACAAAGGCUGUGUGCAACACUUAGAAACUCGUCCAUCUCAAUUGGCUGGAGUUCAAUUUGAUGCUCUCGUGAAAGUUAGCAUGUCUCGAAUCAACUUACUGCAACUUAUUAGAUCUCUUCGUCAAUCUACAUCUUUCGCUGGAGUCAACCUUGUCUCCGAAAACAAUAUUUCUAGCAAGACACCUUGGUUCCCUUGUCACGCUUCCGACCUCGAUAACUGCAACCACCUUAUGACUAAAUAUGAGCCAGAACUAGACAUGAACCACCCUGGAUUUGCAGACAAGGUCUACAGAGAGCGAAGGAAGGAAAUUGCAGAAAUCGCUUUCGCUUACAAAUAUGGAGAUCCAAUCCCGCACAUCACCUACACAGAGACGGAGAAUGCUACCUGGCAACGAGUAUUCAAAACCGUCCUAGAUCUAAUGGAUAAGCACGCCUGUUCUGAGUACAGAGCCGCGUUCGGCAAACUAGUGGCUGCUAAAAUAUUCGUUCCAGACAAAAUACCCCAAUUGGAGGAUGUGAGCAACUUCCUUCGUAAACAUACAGGAUUCACAGUACGACCUGCUGCUGGUCUUUUAACAUCCCGCGACUUCCUGGCCUCUCUCGCUUUCCGUGUCUUCCAAUCUACACAAUACGUUCGUCAUGCCACUCGUCCGUUCCACACCCCUGAACCUGACUGUAUACAUGAGCUUCUGGGCCAUAUUCCAUUAUUGGCCGACCCCAGCUUCGCUCAAUUUUCGCAAGAAAUUGGGUUGGCUUCUCUUGGAGCUUCCGACACUGAAAUCGAAAAACUCUCCACUGUGUACUGGUUCACCGUUGAAUUUGGGCUAUGCAAAGAAAAUCAAGAGCUGAAGGCUUACGGUGCUGCUCUACUGUCUUCCACUAGUGAACUUUUACACGCCAUCAGUGAUAAGCCAGAACUUAGACCGUUCGAGCCUGCUUCCACUGCGGUACAGCCUUAUCAAGACCAAGACGUUCAGCCCAUCUAUUACGUAGCCGAGAGCCUCGAAGAUGCCAAAGAUAAGUUUAGACGUUGGGUGUCGACCAUGUCGCGACCAUUCGAGGUGCGUUUCAACCCACACACCGAGCGCGUCGAGGUGCUGGAUUCCGUCGAUAAGUUGGAAACCCUCAUUGGUCAGCUGAACACUGAAAUGCUGCAUCUCACCAAUGCCGUCAAGAAGCUUAAGGGCUCUCACUUUGAGUGAUUACCCUAUUAUUAAUACACAUCAAUGGAUCAGUGCACGCGGCCUUGCCGUUUUCUGUAUAGCUAGUGAUAUUAUAGAUAUAACGAGUGUUAUUGACAUGUGUAGAUCGUGUGAGUGUGAAAACCAUUGGAUGGUACUUCGUUGAAUACUUUUUUGUACCUUAUUGUAUUAUUUAUUGCCGAGUUCAUUGCCCGGGCCCUCGGAAACUACACGGAGCUCUCAAUUGCCCAUUAAGGGAGGCUGUGCAGGUUUUGCGAGACCUUUACUACUAGUAUUAUUUAUAAUUUAAAACGACACAAAAUAAAAAAAAUGGAGCACCAAAAAGAUAAAAUGCCAAACAAAAAUAUAUGUGUUUGAGUGUAAACAAA